AGAGGCUGUGGGAGAAGGGAGGGACCAAAGGAGGGAGCAGAGAGGGCUUCCAAGCCAGUUCGCCGACUAAGCAGAAGAAAGAUCAAAAAACGGAAAAGGGAAGAGCAAACAGGCACUUUCAGGAGCAAUCCCCUCACCUCCAAGCCGACUGCGCUCUAGGAAUCCAAAUUCCGUUCCUUCAGAAGACAAAGGCGCCCCCGAGAGAGCGGCGGCGCGACCCCAGGGCGUGGGCCCCGCCGCGGAGCCCGCACCGCCCGGCGCCCCGACGCCGCGGACCAUGUCUCCCGCCCCUCGACCCUCCCGCAGCCUCCUGCUCCCCCUGCUCACGCUCGGCACGGCGCUCGCCUCCCUCGGCUGGGCCCAAGGCAGCAACUUCAGCCCCGAAGCUUGGCUGCAGCAGUAUGGCUACCUACCUCCCGGGGACCUUCGAACCCAUACACAGCGCUCACCCCAGUCACUCUCAGCUGCCAUUGCCGCCAUGCAAAAGUUCUAUGGUUUACAAGUGACAGGCAAGGCUGACGCGGACACCAUGAGGGCCAUGAGGCGCCCUCGCUGUGGUGUUCCGGAUAAGUUUGGGACUGAGAUCAAGACCAAUGUUCGGAGGAAGCGUUAUGCCAUUCAGGGCCUCAAAUGGCAACAUAAUGAGAUCACUUUCUGCAUCCAGAACUACACUCCCAAGGUAGGGGAGUACGCCACCUUCGAGGCCAUUAGGAAGGCCUUCCGAGUAUGGGAGAGUGCCACGCCACUGCGCUUCCGUGAAGUGCCCUACGCCUACAUCCGGGAAGGCCACGAGAAGCAGGCCGACAUCAUGAUCUUGUUUGCUGAGGGUUUCCACGGCGACAGCACGCCCUUUGACGGUGAAGGAGGCUUCCUGGCUCAUGCUUAUUUCCCAGGCCCCAAUAUUGGAGGGGAUACCCACUUUGAUUCCGCUGAGCCCUGGACUGUCCAAAAUGAGGACCUAAAUGGGAAUGACAUCUUCCUGGUGGCUGUGCAUGAGCUGGGCCAUGCCCUGGGCCUGGAGCACUCCAACGAUCCCUCCGCCAUCAUGGCCCCCUUCUACCAGUGGAUGGACACCGAGAACUUCGUGCUGCCUGAUGACGACCGCCGUGGCAUUCAGCAGCUUUAUGGCGACAAGUCAGGGUCACCCACGAAGAUGCCCCCUCAACCCAGAACUACCUCCUGGCCCUCUGUCCCAGACAAGCCCAGAAAUCCCACCUAUGGCCCCAACAUCUGUGAUGGGAACUUUGACACCGUGGCCAUGCUCCGAGGGGAGAUGUUUGUCUUCAAGGAGCGAUGGUUCUGGCGGGUGAGGAAUAACCAAGUGAUGGAUGGAUACCCAAUGCCCAUCGGCCAAUUCUGGAGGGGCCUCCCCGCAUCCAUCAAUACUGCCUAUGAGAGGAAGGAUGGCAAAUUCGUCUUCUUCAAAGGAGAUAAGCACUGGGUGUUUGACGAAGCUUCCCUGGAACCCGGGUACCCCAAGCACAUUAAGGAGCUGGGACGAGGACUGCCGACUGACAAGAUUGAUGCGGCUCUCUUCUGGAUGCCCAAUGGGAAGACCUACUUCUUCCGGGGAAAUAAGUACUACCGAUUCAAUGAGGAAUUCAGGGCAGUGGACAGCGAGUACCCCAAAAACAUCAAAGUCUGGGAAGGAAUCCCUGAGUCUCCCAGAGGGUCAUUCAUGGGUAGCGAUGAAGUCUUCACGUACUUCUACAAGGGGAACAAAUACUGGAAAUUCAACAACCAGAAGCUGAAGGUCGAGCCAGGGUACCCCAAAUCAGCUCUUCGGGACUGGAUGGGCUGCCCGUCAGGGGGCAGGCCGGAGGAGGGGACUGAGGAGGAGACGGAGGUCAUCAUCAUUGAGGUAGACGAGGAAGGCGGUGGUGCUGUGAGCGCAGCCGCCGUGGUCCUGCCUGUGCUGCUGCUGCUCCUGGUGCUGGCGGUGGGCCUUGCCGUCUUCUUCUUCAGACGCCACGGGACCCCCAAGCGACUGCUUUACUGCCAGCGUUCGCUGCUGGACAAGGUCUGACCCCCACCGCUGGCCCACCCGCUUCUACCACAAGGACCUUGCCUCUGAAGGCCAGUGGCAGCAGGUGGUGGCCGGUGGGCUGCUCCUACCCGUCCUGAGCCCCCUCCCUCCAGCCUCCCUUCUCAGCCCCUAAUUGGCCUCUCCCACCCUCACCCCCGGCAUUGCUCUGUCCAUAGGUGGGUCCCCUGAGGGCUGAGCAGGAAGAUGGUCCGGCCUCUGGCCCUCAAGGGAACCUCACAGCCUGGUGUGUGUCCAGCCCCUAUUUGAAUGUUGUCAGGGCUCAUGCACUCGAAGGCAAGACCCUCUGACCUCACGGGCAGAGGCCAAAUGGGGUCACCUGCUUCUCCAUCCACCUUACUACAUACCUUAAACCUUUGAACUCUGACCUCAGGAGGCUCUGGGCAUGUGAGCCCCAUAAGUACCAAGUGUACCCAGUUGGCAGCCUCUCACCACUCCUGACUAAAAGAAAUUUUAGGAGUGUGUGUGUUCAGAGGUGGAAAGAUUGCUCAGCUACACUAAAGACUUUGGUUUAAAAGAGAAUAAGAAGAAAGAAAAGAGAGAAAGAAAAAAAAAGCUCAAAGAGAGUGUUGGUGGCUUAGGUAGCCAAGUUCCUCUCCACAAAGAUCUGCCUCUAUCCAGCCCAGCCAGGGGAAUGGCCAAAGGAGCCUGAGCCAUUAAGGACUAAAUGGGUCUGAGGAGAGCCUUGGAAAACCUGAUGCCUCCUGAACGUUAGCCUGGGAUGUCAAGCUCAGGGUUGGAAGAGCUGAAAUCAGGGGGAAUGGCCCAGGUGCAGUGAGGUCAAGGGGAGACAGCAGGAUCCGGAGCAUGGAGGAUGAGCGGGAUGGCUCGUAGCAGAAAAAAACCUUGUUCAAAUGCAAGUAGCAGGGGCUGGGACCCAAAGACAGCAAUGAGAGAGGACAGGAAGCGAGGUGUGGUGGUGGCAGUGUAUGCCGGGAAUGUAGGCAGAAUGCAGGGCACACACAGGGCCCUGUGAUACCCAGGAGUGGGCUUUAUUGGAUCUCUCAGAAAGGGUCUUACGGAAACCACACUGGCCUCUGUCUCCUUUCUCACUGACAGUGUGGAAGGGAAGGAUAAGAGUGGAGAUGGGAGUGAAAAGAGCAUAUAGACAGGGACUGGGGCCUCAGCAGAGACCAGCGGAGGCUGUCAGAGGCCUGGGCUGGCUCCGUCUGCCUCACUUCCCUAGUGCAGCAGGUGCUUGGGUGCUUCUGGGUAGGAUGGGCCUCCAUUUCCCGGUGCAGGCGCUCCUCGGCCCAUUUUCCCUGUGUCCUGCCGUUUCUCUUCCCUAUCCAGCUGACCCACUUAAAGUCUCCUUCAGCCACUGGAGGUGGUCAUGGUACUGGGGACUUGGGAGAGAGAGUGAGACCCUGUGGAGGGAAUGAGAGGAGUGUCUGGGUGGGGUUUGGGGAUAGGGAAAAUGGGGUGAACGGUGCUGGAAGCCCAGCUAAAUUUCUGUUGUUUGGGUUUUUUGUUUUGUUUUUUUUUUAAUGUAUAUUUUUAUUAUAAUUAUUAUA